AACAAUCGAAUUGAUCAUGAUUUUUUAUAAAUUAUUUGUUCAUCUUUUUUGCGUUAUUUUUUGGGCAACUUUAGUUUUAUCUAAGCCAAUUUUGAACCAAGAACUUAUUAAAUCCCGGAAUUAUGAGCCAAAAAAAAAUAUUUUCGAUAUCACUUUAAAAAGAGUUACUUUAGCCCCGGAUGGAUUUACUCGUAGCUUGGCAACUAUUAAUGGGCAAUACCCUGGUCCAACUAUAGAAGUCAAAAAAGGAGAUCGUAUUGUAAUAAACGUUCGUAAUGAAUUAGGAGAACCAACAUCAAUUCAUUCACAUGGAAUGUUCCAAAGAGGGACUCCUUGGUUUGACGGGGUGGCAGGACAAUCUCAAUGUUUGAUACCAGACAAUUACGCAUUUACUUAUGAUUUCACUGUUCCUGAUCAAGCCGGCACUUAUUGGUACCAUUCACACGCAAUGACGCAAUAUGUCGAUGGAGUUGUUGGAGCGUUAAUCAUUCACGAUCCUGAUGACCCGUAUUUAAAUGAAUACGAUGAGGAAAUCAUCGUCAUGUUGACUGAUUAUCAUCACACGGAAUCAGAAAUUUUAUUAAAAAAAUUCUUGACUCCUUCAAGCGGAGGCGAUGAGCCAGUUCCCGAUAACGGAUUGAUCAACGGAAAAAAUAAUUUCGAUUGCUCAAAAGCUCCACAUGGAUCCAAAUGCGUGGAUAAUUCUGGUCUUGCUAAAUUUGAAUUUGUUUCUAAUAAAAGAUAUCGUCUUCGUAUCAUUAAUACUAGCGCAUUUUCGGCAUUCUUCUUUUCAAUUGAUAAACAUGAAAUGGAAGUUAUAGAAGUAGAAGGUUCCUAUACUAAACGGAAUAAGAUCCAUCGUCUUCCUAUCAAUGUUGCUCAGAGAUAUUCCGUUAUUGUUACCGCAAACCAACCUGUUGAUAAUUAUAUAAUGCGUUCGGAAUUUCAAAAGACAUGUAUGCCGGACGAUGCCAAAAAACUUUCAAUUGUAAAAGCUAUUGUACAUUAUGAUGGAGCCCCAGAAGAUUCUGCGCCAAAGGACGUACCAUGGAAAGAUUUCUUGGAAGAAUGUAUUGAUUUAAAACAUGAAACUUUGCAGCCAUUAUGUGAAGAAAAUCUUCCUAAAGCAACAAAAAAGAUGGAACUUACAAUCACUUUUCAUAAUGAUUCAUCAGGGGUUGUUAGAGCUUUUUUAAAUGAAUCUUCUUAUGAACCCGAUAUAAAAUUUCCGACUUUAUCAAGAAUCUUUGCAGGAAAAGCGAAUAACUUUCCACGAGAUAGAAAUGCCUAUAUUUUUGAUACUCCUGGAGAAGUAGUUGAUAUUACUUUUAUCAAUACUGACGAAGGAGACCACCCGUUUCACAUGCAUGGACAUCAAUUUUGGGUACUUGGAUUCGGUAAUGGAACUCAUGUUGAUAAAAAAUCAUUGAAUACAGUUAAUCCAAUCAAGCGUGAUACUUCAACAAUACCUGCCAGCGG